GGCACUUCACUUGGACGCGUUUCAUCUUUCACCAAGACUGCUUCUGCCACCACAUGGGCUUCUAGGGAUACUAAUCAGCAAGACGCGCUCACGUACGGCCAUGCUCACACGUAGAGUCUCGUGCAGUGCUGUGAGGGUGCACAGAGAGCACACACGCUGAGCUGCUUAUGCAUCGAUGCUGCACACAGCACUGUCUCUGGAUUACAGACCUCUCCACUUGUGCGCGCUUUCUGAAUGCGUGUUUAUCCCUAAAGCCCUGUGACUCGUGCCUCGUGCCAGUGGAAAGACAUGAGAGAUUAUUACAGUGGCCAAAAUACAGGACGCACAGACAAACAUCUUUAUUGGCAACAGAUUUUGUGGCUGUGGACAGGACUGUGAGAAGACACAUUCUGCAGGAGGCUGAAGGUGAAGAUUAGCAUUCCUUAGUCUGGACCUUUUUGUGCUGUGGUGAGUUGGAUGCUCAGGUGAUGAUGUCUGAGCCCAGAGAAUGCAAUGAGACUUUUGAGACAGAAGAGGGUGAUGGUGAGCCAUUUUUGGAGGAGGAGGAGGAGGAGGAAGAUGAAACAGAAAGCAGUAAGGAGCUCUUAGAGAGGAUAAGAGAAUUAGAGGCAGAAAACUCAGCUCUUGCACUGGCCAGUGAGCACCAGAGGGAAGCGUAUGAGCGAUGUCUAGAUGAGGUGGCCAACCAUGUAGUGCAGGCGCUGCUGAACCAGAAGGACCUUCGGGAGGAGUGUAUUAACCUGAAGAAGCGUGUGUUUGACCUGGAGAGACAGAACAGGACCUUGACUGAACUCUUUACGCAGAAACUUCAAGCUUCCCCCAGUACUUCACAACAGGUGCCACCAGUUACAUGUCUGGAGCGAAGCAGUGAGCCAGUGUUUCCUGGCACUGUAAAUGUGACAACACUCUGUUCUGAGGUCAAGAACAACGAUGAAUGCACACAGAUUGGCACAGGAAACUCAACACAAGUCUCCACCUCCUCUGUGGCAUCCAUGUCUCCGUUCCUCCAGAAAAAAGCACAUAUCCUGGAGGUUCUGCGCAAACUGGAGGAGACUGACCCACUUAAGUUUCAUCCAUCUACUUGCUACUACUAUCAUGGACAGGCAUUGUUAGCUGGAGAGAUGACUACCAUUGUAACUCCAUCCCCACGUCAGCUGCAUUGCCGGCACUCCAGUUCAGACACUGACAUUCACGAAUAUGCUAACGAGGAGGGAGACAGUCGUGCAUCCUUGAGAUAUGGUGGCUGUCCAUCCUGUCGUGUUCUGUUGCAAAGAAACAGCUUGGACAGUCUGCUUAAGUGUAAUCCGGGACUUAGCAUCACAUCACAUUCUGGCAGAGAAGAUGAUACCUACAGCCAAAUGUUUUCAGAAGAACAUAGGGCUUCAGCACAAAAUACAGAUGCACAGGCAAAGUUGCUGUGUGUAGUCAAAACAAGCAGUCCUGACAUACACAGCACAAGUUCUCAGUGUAGAGUGAAUGUUACUCAUCUUUCUCAACAAGUAACAAAGGCCACAGUUUCACACCUUUCUUCUGUGGGUGUUAGUUGCUCUGAACCAAAUGUAAAGUUAGGUGAGCAGAACUUUGACUUAAAAGAAAGAGACUCUGAAGAAAUAUCUACAAAGUUAAAAGGUGUUAAAGAUGUUAAUAAAGGCAGGAGGGAAUCUGAGGGUGUGCAGGCAUCAGGAGAGAAUGCAGGUUGUGUAGCCAUAUCACCUGAGUAUCAGAACUUAGUCCAAGUUUGCAGCAGAGUCUUUUCCUCCAAUCAGACUUCUGUUCCCAGGAAAGUAGUAGAGUCGUAUGGCCCAGUCUCGCUGUCUGAGACAGCUGCCUCAGCAUUUACACAGCAACAGGCUGCACAAAGUUCAACUUGGUCUCCCUCCUUGUGUGGUGAAUCCAAACCUUCUCCAGUCUCAUCUCCUUCCAAGCUACUCAAAAUGCCUUUAAUAGCAGAGAAUACGCCAACAUCCAAUGCUUUCCACUUAAGUCCUCAACUUACACGCAGCUCAAAAAUCCCUUGUAGGAAUAACUAUGAGGUUUACCACUCGCCUGUCAUGUCCUGUAAAUCUACCACCACAGAGAGGGGUAAACCAUUCACUACCUUAAAAACUGGCACUUACCCUGGCACACACUCUGCGCCCACCUCUCCACCAAAGCCUGAGGGCCCUUGUUCAUCCGUUUCUUUAAAGGAAUCGGGUUACAGUAGCCACUCAGCCCCUAAGACAAGCAAGGUUUCAGCAAACCAGUCCUCCUCACAGCCACUGGAAGCUGGUACAGUAGCUCACUAUGAAAACAUUAUAGAUCCUUCCCAUUCCAAAACCCCCAAGAUAACCUCAGAGGAGGUUGACUCUAAAGAGAAGCAGAAAAUUAGCUUAAGGGAUGAAAGGGUCCUAAGUCCCCUCUCCGAUAAGAGCUCAGAUUCUUCAGAAACCACAGAUGAAUCUCCUUCUGAUGCUUCAGACCAGGACACUGACACAGAGAGUCCUGCUUGGCAAAGGUCCCAAAAUCACUUCAGCCUACCAACCUCAUCUUCUGCUGCAAGCAAAGCACCGCAGAACAGUUUCUCCAGUAUGAAAGAGAAAUACCAUGAAAGGAGACCUCCAGAUCCCAUGUCUGCUCAACAGCACGGCACUUCUAUUCCAUCUCAAACUGUGGCUAAAAGAAGUGACAAGCAGCUGUCACUACUAAAAAGAACAAUCUCCAGCAAGCCUCAAACUGAUUCAAGUUAUCACCCAUUCAAAGAACGUUUGGCAGCUCUUGGCAAACUCAAGAGCACUGAGGAUCUGCAGCAAAAUGCCAGAAAAAAGGAAGCAGAAAGUGCUCGAGGUAAAACCCCAGCAUCCACAGGAAAUAGUGCCAGAUCCAAAACAGCAGAGCGACAAAGUGAAAGAAUCGCAAUUGAACACCAACAUUCAAAAUAUACAGAUUCACUUGAUGGGAAACCAUACCCUAAGAAUACUUUUGGCAAUUAUGUUAAGGGACCUGGUUCAAUGAAUAUAAACACUUCAACAGAAAAACAUUAUGUAGCAAAACCAGACAGUCAAAAGAUGAAAAUUGGAAUGUCCACCACAACCCCACAUGAAACUCCUGUAGUGAUGCGGAGCUAUGGAAAGUGUCCCAAUCCUCUCAUACACCACAGCAAAACAGUGCCAAGUCCUCAAAGUAGCCCUAUUAGAGUACAGUCCAAGUCCCCCUCAAAGGCCAGCACUGCCCCUUCUUAUCCUCGAGGAAUGAAGGUGAUUCAGGAUCAGCGCUCCCACCUCCAGAGACAGCCAUCACGCACUGAUGACAAACCAAAGCUCACAGCUGGGAAAAGAAAGACUGUUGCUCAUGUAGACAAUGUCCCACCUCUGCCAUGCCCAAGAUCUGGAGCUGGAUCGUCUAAUUCUCCUGCUUUUGAGCAAAAAAGAUUCUCGUCUGCUGCACCUGUGCUUCAGUCAGCCAUCGAGCAAAAGGUGAUGCGGGGAAUAGAGGAGAAUAUGAUGAAGCAGCAGGGCCAAGAUCGAGGCCAAACUGCAGAAACUAAACACAAAACAUCGAAUGGGAUUGCCAGUUGGUUUGGCCUGAAGAAAAGCAAGCUUCCAGCUCUUAAUCGCAAAUCUGAAAUGUCCAAACUUAAGCUUAAUAUGUCAUCAUCAUCAUCCUCAGGAGCCAAGGAUGCCUCAGGAAGUAAAGGGGGGCCCAGGAAGGUGGUGGAAAGUUUAAACAUCUCUAAGCUUAUGGAGAAGGCAGAAGACUUGAGGAAGGCUUUGGAGGAAGAAAGGGUCUAUGUGAAUGGAGUAGGGAUUGCGCUUGACUGUCCUGGGAGAGGACACUCGUGUGAAGUUGUUAUGGACCAAGCGCAGGGUCAGCUAUCACUUAUGUACAGAGGAGUAACAGCUGACAACUUCAUGCAACAGCUGUUGAACAGGGUGGAUGAGAGGGGAGCUGCUGGUUUUAGCAUGGUGCACAGGAGACUGUCCUUUGACUCCAAGAGAUCACGUCCUGUUUUCAGCCACCAGAGAAACAUCUGUCAUACUAGGACCAGGGAGGACAUAGACAAAGGUCCAGACACGGUGAGCCGUGAUGAGAUCACAUCUGAUGAGAGUCUGGCAGAGUCUAUCAGCUCACAACACUUCACAGGCUCUGGCUCUUCCAUGCGCACCCUUGACAGUGGUAUAGGCACAUUCCCGCUGCCAGACUAUGGCAGUGGUGGCACAGGGAAAGGACUUCCCAAGCCUCAGGAAGAGGAAGGUUCCUUCACUUCUCAGGGAAAACAUGGAGCCGUGAUGAAAGCCCCACGCAAAGCGCACACCCUGGAGAGAGAGCUGUCAUCUUUAGAGGAAGUGAAGGCCUGUGUUCUCUACAGUUCACCUCUGGAGGCCAAGGGAGCAAAUGUGCAUCUCUCUGGCACUAUUCAUGAAGACAUCAGUGCCUUUGGAGCCCAUUUGCAAGUACCACCUACCAAGAACUGGACCUUCCCUAAUGUGAGAGGGUCAGCAGGACCUACAAACGUGUACCAACAGGACAUGGAGGCAGCACACCAAGGGACGCCUUCCAGACUGAGCAAACGUCUCCCCCAGGGUCCCCUUGAGGCUGACCCCAGAAGCCUUCCCCUCCCACCCCAGACAGGUGUCAGCCGACGAGGCAAGGCCCGGUCUCACGGUGGCCCAGACACGCCCAGGACAGGUGACCUGGAGCUGGUGAAGGAGCGCCCCGAUGAAGUUCUGUCCCCAAGUCGUUCCCAAGCCUUAGAGACCCCAGAGUCUCUGAGUGACUCUCUCUACGACAGUCUCUCUUCCUGUGGGAGCCAGGGAUGAGGAAAAAGCCUCACCAACUUCAACCAGCACACUGCUGAUUUGAAAGGUUUCUCUUUCGUUUGUAAACGUUGAAUAUUCAAAUGCAGGAAAUGAUCCUUGACCAGUGUGCCAAAAUCACACCCUGUUAACCUGCUGAUGUGAUGUGAUAGUAUGAUGUGAGGUUUUUUUUGUACUUUGGGACUAUGAACUCAAACAUGGUUUGAAGCAGAACAUAUAGAACAGAAAAAUAUAAUUUAAGUGCACAGAGGUAGUAUUACAUUCUGAGAAGAGAGAAGCUGCCUAGAUUCUUGGUCCUCAAUUAGCAGUAUGUUUAACAAAUCUGGAUGAUAUGUCCUCUAGGAAAGAGAUUCCAUCAUUAUUUACCUUAAAACCUUAAUCCCUGAAUACCUCUCGUGAGUUUAUUCAUUGCUCCUGGUCUUAAUGAAACUGAAUUUUCUAAUGAAAGGACCCCCUUUCAUUGGUUCCUCAGGAUUACCAAUGUUCAAUGACCAACACACACACGCGCACACACACCCCUCAUGACAAGUCAUUCUCCCACAUAUGUUUGUGUGAUCUGCUGGUAACCCUCCUGUCUUCUUUUACAUCACACUUGUGGUUGUUGUGAAGACAUCCUUGUUCAUUUAGUUUGCCAAACUGUUUCAAAUCUCCAUCCUAAUUAAACUUGCAGAUUCGUUAAUAGAUAUAUUUGAAAAUUGUGUAGACAGAGAUAUCAUUUUUGUCAUUGCCACCAUUUUCUGUCUAAGGUUGUCUCCAAAGGACCAGUUGAGGUCUGCAGUACCUUCUGGAUUUGGUACAAUUUCACUCAUUGAGAAAACUCAUUGAGAAAAUAAGGCAGUAAUCUCAUAACUAUUAAUCUCAUCAAACUAGUAUUGGAAACACACUUUUAUUCCCCACAUGUUGGCGCUAUAUUUUUUUUUUUAUUAAGUGGAAAUUGAGGCACAUUGUGAAAGGGGAAAAUGUCAAUAGGAUAUGACACCUUUUAUGAAACUUUCGUUUUUCAUUUUCUUUCAUCUUUUUCUUUUAGUUCUAGACCAGUUACAAAUCAGUUUGGUGAAAAGAACUCUUCUAGAAACUGGCCGAGUGCUGUUUUUGUAUCCACACAGAAGCUUCUAGAAAAGCCUGUAGCUAUCGAUAACAGUACAGCGCAAACAUUUCUAUGGAAGGCUAAACAGGAAGAUGAGAUUUUGGGAGUAUAAGACUACAGGAAGACUUUCUAGAGAGGGAAGAACAAAGCUAAAUAUUUGUGGUUGAAGAGGAAGAUUACAGGCUAGAGAGAGGGUCUUUAACCUCCUCAGAAAAGCUCAUCUUCUGUAUUACCUCUGAGGUAUGUACAAUUAUAUGUUUAAGCAUAACACUAAAUCUCAGGCUUUAAGAAACUAAAAUGCAAUGAUGACUAAUCCAAAUUUUAAAAUGCAUUUAGAUAGAAGCUGCCUCUAGAAAACCGGUCCUGCCCACCCUGAAAAAAAAAUUGUUAAAAUGUUGUUAUGAGCUGUUUGAUUAGUUUUGUAGCUUUAAUCUUACUCUGCUGUCUCAGAAUCACAUAAAAGAAACUCUUCCAAUUCCCCAGAAAGUAUCAGGAUUGCAUUAGUGUUGAAAACGGCACAGUCUGCCUCCUUAAUGGCAGCAGUGAUGUUUUCAUAUCUGAUGUACAAACACCCAAGCACAAGAAACACUGCAGAGGUAUUCACACAGAAAUAUAUAAACACUUGCAGGUAGUAUUUUAUGACUGUCAUAACGCCGACGCUAAUAAGUGUGAAAUUGUCAUAGGUCAUCAAUAUUGUUCAGAAUUUACACUGUGACUGAUUAGGGCAAAUUAAAACUGUGACACACUAUAUACCAAAUGCCACAAUUUAUUAGUUAGCUAGUAACUGACCACUGACAAUAACUGGUGUUGGUUUAAACAGUGAUUGGGAUCCUGUCAUUCUUAUGGUGGAUCAUCAAGUUACGUCGUUUUUUCCACGUCAUUCGUUUUCAGGAUUACCUGUAUUUAAUGGAUUUACUGAGAUAUUAAUCUUGUUGAAUUCAUUUCAAUAUGAAUUCAACACCUAGAGCACUGCUAAGCAGUACUCAACUUGUAUGAAUGAAUAACAUGUUUGUUGUACAGUGUAAUUAGAGCACAAAGUUGAUUUCUCCCUAAAUGAAGGCUAAAGCUACAGAGCCUCUGAGCUGGGCUGAACUGGACAUAAGCUAAACUCAUUCAGAAGCUAAAGUCACACUUCUACUGUUAAGGAGAUUGCUAUGAGUAGGUAAAACCACAGGAAAGUAAGAUACCACUUCCUGGAGGUUUCAGUUUUUUCUCAACUGCUUGGGCUCAUUCACAUGGAAUCUUGUACCACAUAUUGGUUUUACACAGACAUGGGAGAUAUUUCAUAACACAACAGGAAAUAGAGUAUCCACCUCCUUUACAGAACUUUGGAGUAAAAGACAAUGAAAAGUCUUCCAGUAGACUCUCCCUUAGUCACUAACCAUUACAAACCCAGUGUUAAUGGAAUGAGAUUCCCAGUAUAUACGAGGUCCAUAUACACAAAGUUCAUGCCUUGUCCGACCUCUUGGUUUCAGGUCUGGUUCAAUAGAAAUGGAAGCGUUUAUUACUCGCUGGGGUUUUUACCUACAGGUCCAAGCACAUGUUCUUCUUAUUUGUUUAUCUAUAGCCUUCCUAACUUAUAUCAGCCUUUGUGGGUUUUUUCUUGUUGUGAUUAAAAAAAAAAAGCCCCAAGGCAGACAUCCUCAUCGAGCUUCUUUGCAGUUCUCUUUCCACAAGUGCCAUGUUCCCUUAAAAAGUGCUUGAGUCCAGGGUCCUGUGGAAAAGGAGCUACCGCCAAUAGAGCGAAAUGUCCAGCUAAACGAAGACCUUCUGUGUUCAUUCAAGUCCAGCUAGGCAGGCAAGGACACUGCAAGAGUUAAAUAAACACCGGAGGUUUUGCACUGUGUGUUGACUUGUGUCAAUAGCUCUUCUCCAAACAGCUGUUGGCACACAUGGUUUAACUGUAUUUCACAAAAUGUUCAUUUAAAGACAAAAUAAUAUCAAUUACCUUAAUUAGUGCACUUUAUCUGGAUGCUGAGAAACCUUUUAUCUCUCAUUCCACGCAUGGUGUACUUAUGACUUCAGUUAUCAUUCCUACAUAUUUUGCCUGAAACCUAACAUGAAUUACAAGGAUCUAGUCAUAAAACAUAAUGCACCUAUUUGUGUGUGGGGGGGUGGGGGUGGUACUGAGUUCCAUUAUUUUAAACUGUUUGUGGUUGGUCAUUUUUCUGUCGCUUUGUGGAGGAUUUCGACCAGGUACAUUUAAUUUGCCCUGUAAAUAAUACUUCAAGGUGCUGUGUAUAUAGCAUUUCCACCAGAACUCAAAUGAAGCCAUAGAAAUGUACCUUAUCAAGUAAUUCAGUGAUGGAUAUUUUAAUUUAUGUUUGAAGGGAAAACAAGUAAUAAAUCCUUCUGUCCAGUUUUCUUUUUGAA